CCCCGCUGUCCCGGCCGCUUUGGCGCGAACCUUCAGUCCCCCGAGCUCGCCCCGCCGCCAGCAUCGCCAGCAUCGUCAGCAUGGCUCCGCCGCGCCCGCAGCGCCGAGGUCGUUCAGGAAAGAAAAACUUCACAGCCUUCAGAAAUACAAAACUGAUUCCCAUGGAAACAUCCUCAUCCUCUGAUGACAGUUGUGACAGUUUUGGUUCUGAUAAUUUUGCAAACACAAAACGCAAAUUGAGGUCGGAUAUUGGGAAAGCCUGUGAUGAUGAAUCUUUCUGUGGCUUUUCAAAAAAUGAGGUUCAAGAUGCAUUGAAACUGGAAUCGGAUUCAGAGGAGAGUGAUACAAGUGCAGAAAGUGAGGUAGCUCAGAGAGGGCAGAAAUGCUCUAUUCCUCUAAAAGUAGCCAUAAGGUUUCCACUUCGACGAUCGGAGAGGAGGAAGGGUGAUAUAGAACCUGUUCCUGAAACACCAAUGCCUGAUGCAGAUUCAGACUCUGACACUGAAGACAAGGGAGCCAUGUUUUUAGAAAAAAGAGCUUUAAAUAUAAAGGAAAACAAAGCAAUGCUUGCAAAACUAAUGGCUGAGUUGCAAAAUGUUUCUGGUAUCUUUGGUGGGAAAAAAUCAUUGCCAGCUGUCAGUCAUGGACCAAAGCGACUUCCAAGACGCUCAUCGCCCAGAUAUGCUUUGAGGAGGAACCCAGACCGAAGUUCUCGGCCUCACACAAGGUCCAGGUCCUUGAUUGAAGGUCCUCCUACUCUUUUACCGGAAGAGGAAGAAGAUGACCGGUACAUCUUGGUGAGAAGAAGAAAGAUACCUGAUGAAUACGUGGAGCAUGAAGCCCAAUCUCCCAGGAGAGGUCACCGUGGUGCCAUGGCUUUUCCACACAUUGUGCGCCCAGUUGAGGACAUAACAGAGGAAGAGCUCAAUAAUAUUUGUGGAUCUGCAAGAGAAAAAGUAUAUAACAGGACCAUGGGAUCCACCUGUCAUCAGUGUCGCCAAAAAACCACAGACACCAAGACAAACUGCCGUAACCCCGACUGCGUGGGAGUACGGGGCCAGUUCUGCGAGCCCUGCCUCCGCAACAGAUACGGGGAGAGUGUCAGAACAGCCCUGCUGGAUCCGACAUGGAGGUGCCCACCAUGUCGUGGAAUCUGCAACUGUAGCUUCUGCAGACAAAGAGAUGGCCGAUGUGCAACAGGUGUCCUGGUUUAUCUGGCCAAGUACCAUGGCUUUGACAAUGUCCAUGCCUACUUAAAAAGUCUGAAACAAGAACUUGGAAUGGAAGACUGAAGCCGUGACUGCCUUUAAAUUUCAUACUCUUUCACCAAUGUCAUAUUAUUGCCUACAGCGAAUUGUUUAAUCAAAUGAGAUCACAAAGUGCCUUCCUUCCCUCCCCUUUUGGGUAAAAAAAGGAUAAAAAUUUUCAUUUAUUUCAGUAUAAAUCAUACUUGAGAAAACUGUUUAAUGAAGAUCUUCACCCACAGGCCAUUGUUUUCUCUUUAAACAACUUUGCAAUAGAGGUAAUAUCAGUAUAAGUCCUUGCUUUCAUGAUAGUAACUUCUUUCUUUUUUUUUUGUCCUGAAAGGAGAUGGGUCUUUAAGCCAUUAGUUUCACUCAUGCAGCUAUCUGUGCUGCAGGCUUACUUAUGCUUUGAAAGUGGUCACAAAAAGGUAGAGAUGUUCUGAAAACUCAGGGCACUUUUCUCCACAGAACCAAGCAACCGACUUCUGCGAUACAGACACUUACUGGACAUUAAUGAUCAAAUAAUCAAUUUAGAAUUCUCUAAAACAACAGCAUGUUCUUAAGUUCAAAAAGAAAGUCCUAAAAGUUGCAGCCAAGCGGUCUCCAAGCACUAAUUUUUUGGUUUUUCAGAGUACUAAAAGUACAGAUUGAUCAUUUCAAGGCAGAUUCUCUGAGUCACUUAAAAAUGCAGCAGAAGCAGUGGUUUGAGGUGGCACUUCGUAUUUUUUGUUUAGAUGAGAGAAGGCCACUGCUGAAAGCUUCUUCGGCACUAGCAUUGCGUGUUGGUGACAAUGAUGUGAAUGUACUGGUAUACAUUACAGAGUGACCACUGUCUGAAACAGAAUGUACCCUUUGUUAAAUUGCUGUUUUGAUUGACUCUUGCUCUUGCUACAACUGCAGAACUGCUUUGCAGAAUCAGCAAUGGUCCUGGGAAGGAGGGAUGCCUCCAGACCAGGGCUUGGCUAAGUAGAGGGGUAGUGGUUCAUGUGGCUAUUGGCCAGCUACAAGUGGCUGAAAGGUGGUAACUUGUUCAGUUUGUCAGGAAAAGCAGCAAUGCAUGUUUCUGUCUCCAUGUGAUUGUGGAAGGCUAUUUCACAUGUUUAUGAAAC